AAAUCGAAACUUUUUUAUUGAAAAAAUAUUAGUCUUUCGGUAGUGAAGCAGUGCUUUCAAAACUACCAAACGAUAGCACUAUGGUCUUUAGAAAACGGUAUUUUCGAGAGGAAAAACACUUAUCGUUUUCUUAAAAUAAAAGACAACAUAUAGACUUAAUAAAUAAUAGUUGUUCUGUGAUAUGCGUAAAUUUUUUCUUUUUACCCAAAAUCUAAUUAAAAAUCAUAGUAAGGUUUUACAAAAGAAAGUUCCAAUUUCAAAGAACUGAAACUGUUAUCGAUAGUUUCAGUUCUAAGAACUAAACUAAAUCACUCAGCUGUUUUAUCUUUUUGAAUUGAUCUAUGUUCCUUGUGUCACCAUCAAUAAUAAUGAGGACUCGUUCACUCUUUUGGUCGAUACAAGUACAUGAAUUUCUUUCUUUCAAUAAAUAGCUUAUAACAACUGUCACAGGCCUACGCCCAGAUUACUCUUUUUUUCAGCAGUUUGGAGUAAUUCUUUUUUUUAAUCGAUUCGGAGCGAUGGUUUUUCAAGUUUUGGGUUUUCAUUAGGUAAAAUCGAUAUUUUCUGUUUUGGUCUAUUCAUUAACAUAAAUUGCUGAUGAAAAUAAAUAAUCCGACUUCCUUUUUUUCCAUAAUGGUACAGGUGACUCCAGGAUGAUGCGCUGUUUUAAGACUGUCCGAAUUUCUUUUUUUUAAGCAAUUCGGUUAAAUGUAUAGACAAAAACAAAAAAUAUUAUUGUAAGUACCGAAAAUCAAAAUUUCAAAAAAUAUUACUCCAAUUAGCCAAACAUUUUUUGGGAAAGCUGAAAAUCAGAAAAGUGGGAAAUAUAAAUCGAAAUUGUUAAAAGUCUCUGUGAUUUUGAGUGCUUAAAAAUAACUACCAAUUCGAAAUGCUGGAAAGAAAGCAAAGAAACCAGAAUUGCUUAAAAAUAACAGGAAUUCCAUUUUUAAGUAACUCAAAUUGUUUAAAUCGUAAAAAUAACCAAAAAAUAUUGCUUUGAUCAAUUCUGUCACAAUAAAAAAAAUUUAUUAAGGCUUAUUUUGCAACAAAAAGAAAUGUCGACACUUAUGUAACUGCUAGCUAGGUUUCACAACUGUCAUUGAUUUGGCACUAAGAUUCAUCUGACUCUUUGAAAAAUGAAAAAUUGUUUCGCACAAUUACGAAUAAAAUCCUUUCUUAGUGAUAAGUGUAAUGAAGAAUUAUCUGCAGGUUAUUAAUAUAUUUUCCUCUUUGUAUGUAUUUAGAUAAUAAUGAACUUGAUCGUGAUGCUGUGGAUAUGGCUAACGUAACGAAUAAUGCACCAAUUAAUACAACAUUUGGUAAAAUACUACCAACAACAUUUAACAAAAGAUUGUCGAUUCAAGAUUUUGACAUACUAAAAAAGUUACAAAUACAACAUUUUGAAAAUAAAACAAACAAGCUAUUGUAUGAUAUUGGUAUGCCGGUGCUUCAUGGAGCUGAUAAUAAACAAAUAACAAAAACAAGAAUUACUGAUUAUUCCUGGUUAUCCGUUUUAAAUCCAAAUUUCAAACAUUUCAAAAUUUCAAACACAAGAAAUAUUGUUCACCUUUGUUCAUGUUAA